GUGAGAUCGAGGUGGGAAGUUGGUUUGUCCGCAACGUCAGUGCGUAAGCAACGGGGAAACCCUAACGCGGUAGUGAGCAGAGAAUAAAUAUGGUGAUGUGAUGCUUGGGUCGUCACUACUGUCUGAGAUGCAAGCGCCUGAAAAGAUUAUGGGCUGCGAACAUCCAAACUCCGAGGGGUUCUGCUACUUACUGGCGAAGGAUUAUUUCCGCUUUGUGCUAGACGGCUCGGAGUCGCAGCCGGCGGCCAACAGAGCGGCUGAAACUCUGCGCCGCUCCGGCUCCUCAUUGCUCGCAGACGGCCAGGAAUUACAGCUCUGCGUCGACAAAUUAAACCUGGGGUCCGCGGAAGAGACGAAGCGAGUGCUCCCCGACUUAAUGAGAGAGAUCUACUCGGACGGGGUUGAUAACUGGGGCAGGAUUGUAACUUUGUACACUUUCUGUGCGGCCCUGAUCAGGCACUUGAUAGAGAAGGGCGUUCCGGAGCGAGAGUUGAUAGAAGAGGUAGCUCAGUGUGUCGCCCAAUACACUUGGACUCACAAAGCUGCGUGGAUCAAGGAGAAUGGAGGCUGGGAGAAAGGAUUUGUGGACCACUUCCAGCAGAAAAAGAAUCCGCAUUUAUAUGCCAAGAUAGCUGCUUUCACGGGGAUUGUUGCUGCCUUUUCCUUUGUGAUCUACCAGCAUUGAAAACGUGGGAGUGAAUUCCACACAUCAGAAACCUAAGCAGCAGGUGACCAUUAUCCUUGAACUGACAACCUGCACAGGACUUGGUCUAAUUAACUUUUGUGAAGUUUGUUGAAUCUGAGCAAAGAUGAAGAAUUUAUGUGAAAUAAAAUUAAACUUAUUUUAUGGCAA